GACUUGGAAACAGCAUAAUACCGUAUUUGUCCGCGUUCGGAUGCCGCUUCAAUUGUUCGUUACCGUAAUUCCCUCAUUGCCGAUUCACAGUAAACGAAGCAGUCAGUGGCUUGUCGUUAACCCACAACACGUCAUUCGUCCGAGCCGGUCGCUGGCAUCACAUCCCCAUACUGCCCAUGUCCCCUCUCCGAUCUACCUAUCUACGCCCGUGCCCUAUUGGGCUCAGUCUCGGUCUCCCCGCCCUAAGAAAAGAAAGAAAAAAAAAACCGAGGCAACGCACAGUCAUCACCUCUGCGAACGUCUGCUGCUGCGGGGUUGAGUUUUCGGAUUACGACUCCGACUCCGACUCUGGUUUUCCAAUCCGGAGGGCACAUCCAAAGGUGCGCUCUCUGACCCUGUUUGAAAGAAACCGUUGCGCAUACACUUUCAUUCCAGCCAUUCGACGACCAAGGUUUGCUCCGUCGACUUUUCCGACCAGUUGUCUGCUGCGGUCAGGCCUUUUGGUCGUAGAGCGACAUUCCGAGACCAGCUUCUAUUAUGCUUUCAACCACUGUGCCUCGGGGCGUUUAUCGAUUCUCAACAUGCUAUUAUUGCAUUCAUCCACCCGCCCGCUUACCAGAGACGCCACAGACACGCUGUGUGCGUACAAGACGCUCUCGAAUACAAACCUAGGCCUCAAUCUCAAAUGUCCGGCGGGAAGAGAUACAUACCGUCGGUGCAGCGCACACGCCUGCCUGUCUAGCUACCGCGAGGCUGCCUGAUAACUGAGAUAUCAAAUGUGAAGCGAACAGGGCCUACCAAGACCGAAAUAUGGGUCAAAGACGGUCUGUCUCUCUUCGCACGGGUACACGAUGAUAAUCUAGCACAGUCGGAAAAACAUAGUCCAAGUCUCAUACCCAAUACUCACCACAACGAUAGGUUUCUACAGGGCCUGAGAAGACGCCUUCCACUUUGCUUCUUAGUAAA